AAGAAGAAGGAGGAGGCUGUGGAUUCUUUGAUGACGUAAUUUGACUGCGCCGGCGUACCUUUUCACUCACACAUCGGACUUCGUGAUGGCAGAGCAGGUUUCUGAAGUGAAGAGGGUGAUAAAGUUGGUUCCUGAGAACCUUCUGAAGAAGAGGAAGGCCUACCAAGCCAUCAAAGCCACUGAGGCCAAACGUGCACUUCUAGAGAAGAGAAAGGUAUCUAAAGGGAAACCCUUGAAGUUCAAGCGCUUGGAGGACUUCCUGAAGGAGAGCCAUAGAAAGCAUCGCGAUGAGACCCGUAUCAGGAGAGCAGAUCACAGACCAGCUCCAGCCAUGCCCCCUGCAAAGAACAGACUGGCCUUCGCUGUCCGCAUCAGAGAGAUCAAAGGAGUCAGUCCCAGAGUUCAGAAGGUGAUCCAGAUGUUACGCCUGAGAAAGAUCUUCAGCGGUGCCUUUGUCAAAGUUAACAAGACUUCUAUGGGCAUGUUGAAAAUGGUUGGGCCUUAUGUGGCAUGGGGGUUUCCCAACUUGAAGUCAGUUCGUGAACUGAUCUUGAAAAGAGGACAGGCCAAGAUUAACAAGCGAAGGGUUGCUCUCACAGACAACACACUCAUUGAGCAGCAUAUGGGCAAGUAUGGGAUCAUCUGUCUGGAGGACUUGAUCCAUGAGAUCUACUCUGUGGGGAAGAACUUCCGGGUGGUCAGCAACUUCAUAUGGCCGUUCAAGCUGUCUGUGGCUCGUCAUGCUGCCAGGGACAAGGCAGGUCUUCUGAAGGACAUAGGCAACCCAGGACCUAGAGGGACGGACAUUAACUCGAUAAUCAGGCAGCUCAACUGAGGCUACACAAGACACUUUCAUGUCAGACUUUUCUUGGAGCCAAUGAUGAACCUUUUUUGUUUGUCAUAGCCUACUCAUUGGUGGUUCUUUAAUUCAUUUAUUUUCAUGUCAAUACUCUGAAUUAGCCAGUCUGGCAUGAGAAAAGAGAUACCUUACAGAUUCAUAAGGAUUUAAUUCAUCUUCAUCUCAGAAUUUAUACUGGACCUGAUCAGAAUUGAACACCUGGACAGACAGUGCCCCUCUGGACUAUGUUGUGAUUAGACGGCAGUUAUUGACCCUCCCUUUGUUGAAACAUUUGUAUUCUCAGUAUGUUGCCACCUCUGCAGUUGCAAUAAGGCCAUUCUAUGGAGAUGCUAACAGCAUCACUACUUUUCCCCUCUGGUUUUCAGAGGGAUGUCAUUAUGCUUACUAUGUAUGUGAGAUUACAAUACUUUGUUUAUUUAUCAAUAAACUGAAACAACAAUUA